AUGGUUUUCGGCUGCUGUACAAAGAAGCGAAAGCAAUCCCGCAACUUGACCAAGAGCAGUAAGUCUGCCGCUCGUUCAAAUGUUCAAGCUAACUCCUUUAAAAAAACAAUCAUCAAGUCAACAACUCCGGCUAAAAGUAGAGGUGGAUCUGCAAGUGGACCUCGUCAAGCACAACCAGAAAAAGGUCAACAAAAGGUCAAUUUCCUCAAAAAGCCUUCAUCCACAAAAAGUGCCACUGCCAAGGCCUCUGCUGCAAAAGGAAAAUUUGAAGUGAAAGAUCCAAAGGCUACUAAAAACAAGAUUCCUCCAUUAAGAGUCAUCCUCUGCAUCAAGCAAGAGCAAAAACCAUCUUCUACUUUAAAACAAACUUCUGUCUUUGAAAAGCCUCCCGCUCCAGCAAAAGCUCCAGCCUCACCCAAAAAGACACCGGAUGAAAAGGCUAAAGCGGGCAAAUCACCCAAACGAUCCGAAAGGAAAAAGGAGAAAACGAAGACGGAAAAGGGAAUUCCACCGCCAGGAAGUACUGUUGAUUCAUCUCUUUUGCCCUUUGUUGACAAGAUCGAAUCAACCGGAAGGGCCAAUGAGCCAACGAAAGCCGAUCCAUCUCCCCAUCAAGCACCUCCAUUUGUUUACGCUUCAAUCGCUGAUCCAAGACAUCCGCAACAACAAUUGAUUGUCUCUUCUUUUGUGACUGGCGGUCGUCGUGUGAAGCGUUGGACUCUUGGAGCUAUGCUUGCUGCUAGACCCGCUUGUUCUCGUGAAGACUGUGGAUUGACGAUGAUGGAGCCAGUUGGAAUGAUGCAGAAUAACGUACCAUCGGUUUUCUCGAAAAGUCGACAGAAAGUGAAGAAAGGCGGAGAGCAGAUUGAAAAGAAGAACAAGAAAGAGAUGAGCAACAGCGCGCAGAAAAAUAGGAAAUCUGAUGGACCAGCUCGUGAACCACAUGAAUUGUCUUGUGACGCUUCACUUACAUUCAGUCGAACAGCAAAUGAGCGAACGUCAUCAUCAAUGACUAAUGUUAGCGAAAAGGACGUUGCUGAGCGUCGUUUGAGUGAAGAAGCGGUGAGGAAGAAGUUGCUGGAAAGUGCCCAAUUGCUUCAGCAAGCAAUCUCGAAGAUGAAUGAAGUGCGCUAUCGCGAAAAGGACGAUUCACUCUAUGAGACUUCUCUCUACAAAGUGCAGAAAUGCGAGAAAAGCUGUGGAUCUUCA